UUUUAGAAGAAAGCAGAAAAUGAUGAAGUCCCAGGAGUCAGUAUCGUUCAAAGAUGUGGCUGUGGAUUUCACCCAGGAGGAGUGGCAGCAACUGGACUCUGCUCAGAGAACUCUAUAUAAGGAUGUGAUGCUGGAGAACUACAGCCACCUGGUUUCAAUAGGGUUUCCAGUUUCCAAACCAGAUGUCAUCUCCAAGUUGGAACAAGGAGAAGACCCAUGGAUCAUAAAGAAAGAGAUAUCAAAUUGGAUCUAUCCAGAUGAAAAUCAGGCAGAUGGGAGACAAGAUAUGAAGAGUGACCUUGACAACCCCCAAUCAUGUAUUUUGGGAUCUUUGUCCUUCCAUAAUAAGAUGCUCAAAGGAAUCACAAAGGAUGGUUCCAUAUACUCUAUUUUAAAAGUCUGUCAAGAUAAUGACCAGCUGCAGAGAUGUGAGGAAAACCAAGACAAACUUUUCAGAGAAGUCACAGUCAUCAGUAACAAAACAGUGAUGGUGGAUUCAGACCAUAAAUAUAAUGCACUGAGGAAAAUAUUUCAAGAGUGCAUAGGGACAGUUGAUUCAAGACAAAGAAGCCAUAACUAUGAUUCAUUUAAAAAGAACUUGAAACCUACUAUUGACUUGCCUAAUUGUAAUAAGAGCUAUUCAAGAAAAAAUCCUGAUGAGUCUAAUUCUAAUCUUGAGAAAAUUCACAGUGGAGUAAUAUCUUGUGAUGAUAAUCAGUGUGGAAAUAUUUUCAGCAGUAAACAAUCCCUUUUUCCAUAUAGGAAUGUUGAACCUAGGGAGAAAACCUGUGUAUGCAUUACAUGUGGAAAAGCCUUUGCUAAGAAAUCACAGCUUAUUGUCCAUCAGCGAAUUCAUACCGGAAAGAAACCAUAUGAUUGUGGUGCAUGUGGGAAAGCCUUCAGUGAAAAGUUUCAUCUCAUAGUACAUCAGAGAACUCAUACUGGUGAGAAGCCUUAUGAAUGUUCUGAAUGUGGAAAAGCCUUCUCUCAAAAAUCAUCACUCAUUAUACAUCAGAGAGUUCACACUGGGGAAAAACCAUAUGAAUGUAGAGAAUGUGGGAAAGCCUUUUCCCAGAAAUCACCCCUCAUUAUACAUCAGAGAAUUCACACAGGAGAGAAACCUUAUGAAUGCAGAGAGUGUGGCAAGGCAUUCUCCCAGAAGUCACAACUUAUUAUACAUCAUAGAGCUCAUACUGGAGAGAAGCCAUAUGAGUGUACAGAAUGUGGGAAAGCCUUCUGUGAGAAAUCUCAUCUUAUUAUACAUAAAAGAAUUCACACUGGGGAGAAACCCUACAAAUGUUCUCAAUGUGAAGAAGCCUUCAGCAGGAAGACAGAACUCAUUACACAUCAGUUAAUUCAUACUGGGGAGAAACCUUAUGAAUGUACUGAAUGUGGAAAGACCUUCUCCAGGAAGUCACAACUCAUCAUACAUCAGAGAACACAUACUGGAGAGAAACCUUAUAAAUGCAGUGAAUGUGGAAAAGCCUUCUGUCAGAAAUCACAUCUCAUUGGACAUCAGAGAAUUCACACAGGAGAAAAACCUUAUGUAUGCACUGAGUGUGGGAAAGCCUUCUCUCAGAAAUCUCACCUCCCAGGACAUCAGCGAAUUCAUACAGGAGAGAAACCUUACAUAUGUGCAGACUGUGGUAAAGCUUUUUCCCAGAAGUCAGACCUUGUUUUACAUCAAAGAAUUCAUACUGGAGAAAGACCUUAUCAAUGUGCUAUAUGUGGCAAAGCCUUUAUUCAGAAAUCACAACUCACUGUACAUCAAAGAAUUCAUAACAAUGGUAAAAUAAUGAACUGAACACAGAAAGGCCUUUACUAUUAGUUCAAGCCUUAAUAAAUCUAAAAAACUUGAUUAAUUUGACCAGAUUCUUUCUGGAAGACAUUUUUGUAGAUAAAGUUUUACAUGUUUGUAGUGUGAUCAUAUGUUUUUCAGCAACUAUUAAAGGACACUUAUUAAAUGGACAACUAUUAAAUAAGGGACAUUUUCAACAUGGCAUGUAAAUCUAAAGUCAUGAGCUAUAUGGUCAGUAGAACAAAUUAUGUACAUAGAAUAUUAUCAAGUUCCAUAUUUAUACCACAUUAACAAUGAUCAUUGUGAAAUUGUUAGUAUUAGAUUGGCAUAAAUUUGGCAACAUAGUAACUACCUAUAAAAGACAUAAGAGAGUUGAAUAAAACAAAAAAUUCAGUUCCUAGCAACUACACUAUUAGGAGACUUGGUAUGACCCAUAUAUACAUGUAAAAUUCUUACAUGUAUUUCAGUCUUACAAAGAUUGAAUUAUAGCUUGAUCAGAUUCAAUAAAGUUGAUUUUUAUGUGUUUUCCUAUCUCAUGCACAUAGUUGACUUGUAUCUCUGGAAGCAUGCUAGACCUUGAAAUUGAUGCUGCUUACCUGGGCACUCCCUGGGAAUCUGAUACCAAAGUCAAAUGGUCUUGGGUUUUAAUACUGGCUCAAUUACUCAGACUAUGUAGCUUCAAACAAACCUUCAGAACAUUUUUCUAUUUUUAUGUUGAAUCAUUUUUUUAACAUCAUUCUUCAUUUUGUACAUUCUUUCAUCUCAGUUGUAAUCCCUGUGAAUUUCCCACCAAGUCACCCAUGUUGUGUGCAUUCUCUGCACACAAUUUUGAUCCUAUUCCCCUAACC